GGCUAACAGACAGCGAACGUGGUAGCCAUGGUCGUCACAGCCGCCAUAGCUGAAGGUAUGGAGAUCGGUUCUUGUCGGCUGCUUAUGCGCGAAACAAAGGCAACUAUACUGUUGUGACACAAUUUGUGGUGGGUUAAAAGCCCUGCGACAGUGCGAAGGGUGGGUGUUGCAGUCAUGGCAGAAGCAUCCUCUUGGGGAGAAGCAGGUGGGGACAUGGCUCAUGGAGAUGGAGAUGGAGAUGGAGAUGGAGAUGCUCUAUCCUGGAUGGAUUUCAGCUCUAAGGAAUUUGUCAAGGAGUAUCGGGAGAUCGAGAGGCUGGCCGCAGCCGUUGAUCCCGAAACAGAGCCGUUCAGAUCAAAAUAUAAAGCGAUGGAACGUCUCGAGGCUUUGCAAAGGAGGGCGGCAUGGUAUGCUGCGCCUGCGCAAACAGUAGACGAGGGGAAGGAGACGUCUCAAUCUGCUCGGGAGGUGGAAGAGGCCAAGGAUAUGGUUGCACUGCUGGAUCAGAGAAUAGGGGCACUUGCAGUCGACACGGAACAGCUGGGGCUUGCACAGAGAUCACUGCUAUUGGCAAUUGAGAGGUUAAAGACGAACGAAGAUCGGCAUGCAGAAGUCUUGCAGCACUCGUAUAACCUCCUCGGAGUGAUCUGGUCAAACAGGAAUGAACAUCAAAAAGCGGAGGCCUAUCUCCUUGAAGCAGAGAGAAUUUAUAAGCAUCAUUCCCCCGGGCGUUCUGUUUCAUCGCAUGUUGCCGACCGGGGUGUGUUGCUCCCCUUCUAUGUUGACGACCUCGAUUCCUGCCUUCCAACCGCUUGUGGCGAUGGACAAACAGAAGCUUCGGCAGCAGCCCCUGUCAUUCAGAAUGGCGUGGUCAAUCAAGACGAGACCGGUGAAGCAGCAGCACCAGCAUCAGAAUGCAGUCGUAUGCCAAGUUCCACUAUGGAGAGUAGUAGGGAAGGCCAUGAAGACGUAGUAGUAGCCAAUAAAACCCCUGAAGGGCCUGAACCAUCAAAAGGGUCCAAUCUUAGAGGGCCCAGUGACCCCCAAAACGAAGUGCUGGGUAGCGGUGACCGUGAUUCGUCGAUAGGGAGGAUGGUGGGGACCACGGAAAUGGGUCGACCGUGCUCGAUCCAUGGCACCUCAGAACAUCUUCUUCCUGAUGAAAGAGGAUCUUCCGUUGAAGAAGAGAAGGCAUCAGAUGGGGGGAGCAAUAGGGGUAGCGAGGAAGGGAAGGGGGGGGAGAGGACGCCUCGGCAAGGAGUAGCAGACCAAACUGUUAAAGCUGGAAAGCAGUUGUCUCAGAGAAUGGAGAUUCUGUACACCUUGACAGCGUUUUACCUGGCACAGGUGUAUGAACGUCUGAACGAGACGAGGAAAAGUGCGGCGUACUGCAUGACGACACUGAACCGUCAGCUGGAGUAUGGAGACACGUUUGAAUGUCUCGAGUGGGUGAGGAAUUGUACUCAGCUAGCUGAGUUUUACACUCAAGAGGGGGAGUUGAGCAACGCAUUGUAUUGCCUGUCAGCUGCUCAGGCAGUUCUAGCGAAGAACAGUGGCGAGUUCUCGAAGUCGGGUUUCUCUGCAGUGGAUGCAGAAGCAAACAUCAUGCUUAGUAGGGGUAGAGUUCACAUGCGAUGUCUAGGAAUGUCUCGGGACCGUGCAGUUGACCGAGAGGGAGAAGAAGAAGCACAGGAUGCAGGUGUUGACGAGUCAGAAAAGAGGGACCAAGAGGGAGAAGAAGCAGCACAGGAUGCGGGUGCUGAUGAGUCAGAAAAGAGGAGGAUAUCCGGUGCGGGCAGCGUGCCGAAUGGUUCUGGCUGCGGAAGGGCUGGAGAUGUGUGCGUGGUGCAACAGGAAAAGCCUGAGGAAAGAAAGGAGGAGGAGGAAGGAGCAGUGCGCACGGAGAGCCAUGCCCGACAAAAGGUAGGCGAAGCGGAGGAGGACGGAAACCAGAGAAGCUGUGCUGCUGUUACUCCAAAUUUCCGAAAGCUCAAUCUUCCUGUGCCUUCUCCGGAGGACGAGUUUGGCAGCAAGGAUGGGCUUGUGGUCGACUACCAAGGUGCGGUAAGACAAUUCAAUGAGGGAAUGAAGUAUUUCAAAAGAGCUCUUGAGCGUUACGUUCUUGACGGCUUUGUCACUGAUCACUUCUUUAUCCUGAUGGACAUCAGCACAAUUCACAAAUAUCUGGCAUAUUUCGAGAAGAACGUCAAGCGCUGCAGUCAAAUCCACAAAAGGCGAGCAACUCGUCUUGAGGUGCUUGCGGAACAACUCAACCCUGAUGCGUACCCCCUGAUAUGGAAGCAACUGAACACAGAACUCGGUGCGAUCUACCGCGAGGUGGCGGAGCGUCUGAGCGAGGUAGACGCCUCUGCCGCAAAGGUGGCAGCUGCAGCACUGCAGUCUGUCACGUUCUACGAGCGUGUCUUCAGCGUUUCUGACGUUGGUAAGAUUCAAGAGGAUCAUCACCGCAAUUUGACGAUCGCUUUUUCCCUGGCAAGAAUGUAUCAGAAGCUGCAUGGAUGCAGCAAGGAGGAGGCGGUGUCCAGUCUUCUUCAGAGAGAUGGUGGUGAUUCACUUGCGUAUCUGAAGAAGAGUCUGGACAUGUAUAACUUCGUUGUGGAGUAUGGCAGCAAGCACUAUGUUCAGGGGAUGCAGGAACAUAUUGCCUUGUGCAAGGAGAUGGCAGAACUUCUGCCUGCAUCCAUUGCUGCACAGGCGAGCGGUUACAGACAAGUACAAAGAUAGGAUGUGUGCGAGUAUGCUGGUGAUGCUGAUGAAGGAGGUGUACCCAAUUACACUUUUCCUGGGGGGGGGAGGGGGAGGCAGGGGUGGGGGCGGGGAGGAGGCGUUCCUUCAGUUUCUAUUGUUUUUUGUCACCAUGUGUGGGGACCACACAGACAUGUCUAAUUCUUUGUAAAGGGUUCAACGUGACACUGCGAGCGAGGUAUGGGGGCCGGGGGGGAACGGAGGAUAUUGUUGGGCCCCCAUUCCUUUAGUUUCUAUUGGUUUUUGUCACCAUGUGUGGGGACCACACAGACAUGUCUAAUUGAACUAUUUUUUUGUAACGGGUUUAACGUGACACUGCAAGCGAGGUAUGGGGGGCCGGGGGGGGAAGGGAGGAUAUUGUUGGGCCCCCAUUCCUUUAGUUUCUAUUGGUUUUUGUCACUAUGUGUGGGGACCACACAGACAUGUCUAAUUCUUUGUAACGGGUUUAACGUGACACUGCGAGCGAGGUAUGGUGGACAGCGGAAGUUAUAUGUGCCGGCUGGUGCGCGCAAAUGACGUGGGAAGAAGGGUGGACCAAAUGCAGACAAAGUGUCCGAUGCCCAGGUUGACGUCCCCGCAGGUUGCAUCAUGUCGGCUGCACAAGUUUCUUUUCUCUACAUGGAUUUCUUCGUCGAUGGUUGGCAGUGUGAAACACGAUCGGCACGGCUGUCAGUUUCUGUCGUGGUGUCUUUUGUAGGUGCAGUGUGCACGUGGUUGGCACAUUCUCUUCUGCCUCCUGUUUGUUCUGUGUGGAAGGUUAACCAAGGGCGCCCUCUCACAGCCCACCAUUGACGAGGAGGUAGUCCCAGCAAGCUGAUAUCGUGGUGGGGCAAGUCACAGGUCCACGACAGGUCAAAAAUAAAAAAGAAGUCACAGGCCGAUCACUUGUGCAUCGGGCUUCAGAUUAGCAAUGGCGGUUGAACCCUUUGUGGGUGCUUUGUUAUUUCCUUCCUUCCCUUGUUUUUUAUUUUUUUUGUUUCCUUCUUUGCUGCCCACAAUGCACAUUUGGCGUUGAUUAAUAUUUUUCCCGGAAAUUUGUGUGGCUCUGCCUUGUGUUCUCUGUAGUGGAUGAUUUUUUUGCGUGUGUGAGGGUUGAUGUGAGACACCCUCAACCCUUGCUUAAAUUUUCCAGAAAUCGCAUGGUGUUUUGCGUG